GUGGGAGAUCGAGUCCGUCAAAAGCAGCUGAGAAAUACAGAUCUGUCGCCUACCCAUAAAUCGCUGCCUCGCCGUGAGCGCUCCGGAAGCUGUUACUGCCUCGAAUUCACAGCUGUGCACUUCUUCUGGUCUUGCUGUACCUACCCGCUUCUCUCUGUCUCCGUUUGAAGGGGAAAGACGAAGAGAAGAAUGUCGGCCCAACCUUUCCGGCUUGUGCAGCCGCUCGCGCGCCUUCUGCACAGCACGCUGCUGCAGUGCAUCGACCAAGUCCAGUGCUCCUUCCACCCCAACGAGAUCGACGGCCUCUACACGUACGCCUACAUGGACCACGUGGCGCACACGGAGGUGUGUGACGCGUUGGCCAAGCGUUUUGCUGCGGUGCACCAGCGUGGCGACAUCGUCCUGUCGAGCGACGGUCUUUUAUUUCCACUGCGGCUGGCACGUCGCGGUAUCAACGCUGUUCAGCACUUUCCCAACACCAAUGCCGCCCUGGAAGCGGCGAAGACGGAGGUAGAAAAGGCAGCGCUGCGAGAUUUGCUGCGGCUAUCGAAUGACGACCUCUCCUCAAAGGACGUCAUGGCGCUAUGGAGCUUCGCCAUCACACUGUCUCAAUGGGACAUGGUGGAGGAGGUCCUACGCCACUUUCCGCUGCAGCAGAACAUCUCCCUGCAGGAUGACCGCGAGUACCGGGAUCUGGUGCUGUGGGCGUGUCAAACCACCCACACCUCCGUUCCUGGUCAAGGCAACGCGGGUGCUGUGUCGUCUGCGGGAAGGGAGGUGCACCACGCCCAGCGCUUCUUGACGGAUGUGUUGGGCGUUGAGAGCGUCGUGACAAGGUGCAAAGAAGCGGCAGUGGUGGGGGCGGCGUCAGCGUCGUCGUCCACCGCACGCAGCGGUGAUGUCAUCACAGAGAUGCGCCGGUUCGAAGAUCGCGACGCAGACGCGCUUGCUUUGAUAGCCGUCGCCGCGACGCUGCGCAAACGCUGCGGCAUCACCGCCGAGUUCCCGGUUGCGGAGGGAGAGUGGGCGCGCUGGUUUGGGACGCCGUCGUCCUCGUCUUCUGCGUUUCCCGCUGCCGCUGCCUCGACGCACGCGGGUGCUGGGAAAGAGGGUGGUUGGCUUAGCAGCGGUGGCAGCACAUCGCUGCGCGUCGCCGGCGGCAGCAGCUCCCUCUCGGUCUGGGCCAGGCGCCUACUCUUUCUAUACGACGCGGCCGUCCCCGCGUACGUCCGCGCCUCUCUCGCGCCGGGCCUCGUCAGCGAUCUUCAGUAUCACUACCGGUACUGCGACGUGCACGUGGCGGCCCUCUUCUUCUUGACUGUCCUGCCGCUCUUCUGCCGCAACAACCCCGAUGUGGAUCUGCGCGCGCACAUGCGCUACUACCACAACCAGGUGGUGGACGAAAUGUUUUGGACGGCGUCGCCGGCGAUGAACGCGUCUGCUGCGUCCUCCGUGUCAUCCACGACACCUGGAAAGCGAGGGAUGUGGACUGCCAACGCGCUCGCAGGUGGAGAAGAGGAACCGGCGGCGGCGGCACUUGCGUCUUCCUCGACGGCGACGUCGUUCUUCGUACCGGUUGACACAGCCAUGAAUGUGUUGAUCGGCGAGGCUUGCUUGAUGGAUGAAGGCACGCCGAUUGUCCCUGCGCACGUGCCUGCCAUCGAGGCGAUGCUAUGUAAGGUGCUGGCCCACCUGCGUACACACAUGAACGGGGCGUCGCGGAGAAUGGAUGGAACGUCACCGGCGUCCCUGCCACUCCCGCUGUGGGGUGUGUGGAAUCCAGCACAGAGCAGCCACUUGGCUGUGGUGCUGAGCCGUCUCAUGAAGGCCGCGUCACUCCCUGGCGGCAACGCAGCGAGCCUGUAUCCUCGGCUCGACAGUUUGGUGGCCGAGGGGCUCGAGAUGCUGCGCAGACUGCUGGACGUGCGUGUGCUGCAGGAACGUGGCACCGCGUCCAUGCUGACAACUUUACUCACUGCGUGCCAUGAGGUCGUGGAGGCCCUUGGUGGCGCUGCCUACGAGGCACAGCUGCGUGCCCUAGUGCUGGAGCACACCAUGCACGGCUUCUCCCGCGAUGGACUGAAGGCGGUGGCGCAGACGGCGUUGCAGAGAAGCCACGGCGACAGUGAUGUGAAGCAGGCGCAGACGCUGGAGUUUGUGCGGCAGCUCGAAGCUGCGCAGCUGCUCCUGCCGAAGCGCAACUGGAUUUAG